CACAGCAUGGCGGAAAACAGAGAGCCCCGCGGGGCCGUCGAGGCUGAGCUGGACCCGGUGGAGUAUACCCUUCGGAAGCGGCUCCCCCACCGCCUGCCCCGGAGGCCCAAUGACAUUUAUGUCAACAUGAAUACUGACUUUAAGGCCCAGUUGGCCUGCUGCCAAAAGCUUCUGGACGGAGGGGCUCGGGGUCAGAAUUCAUGCAGUGAGAUCUACAUUCAUGGCUUGGGCCUGGCCAUCAACCGUGCCAUCAGCAUUGCCCUACAGCUUCAGGCAGGCAGCUUCAGGUCCUUGCAGGUGGCUGCCAAUACCUCCACCGUGGAGCUUGUCGAUAAUCUGGAACCAGAGACUGAUACACGAGAGCCGCUGACCCGCAUCCGCAACAACUCGGCCAUCCACAUCCGCUCUUCAGGGUUGCACCCAAGUAAUGGAAAUGAGGAUGGCCACCUUAUCCACCCACCCCCACAUAAGUAG